AGCCAAUUGGUGUUAUUAGGACACCUUUUGUCUAAACCUGGAACCGAUCUUUGUUACUGGUGUAAGUUGGAAAAUAUAGGUUAGUGCUCAACCCCCUUAGCUUACUAGUCCCAAGAAUGGGGAAGAAGAAAGCAGUUCUGCUUGACUUGCCCGAUGCGGAUGAUGAAGAGAGCACCGGCCCGGCGGCGGCAAUUGAGGAGGCAAAGCCCCAACCUGCGAAGGGCAAGGCUAAGAAGCAGCAAAAGGGUAAAAAGGGCAAGAACGCCUUUGGUGAUGACGAUGACGAUGAUAUUGAUCCACUAAAGAAAGCGCCAGUUGAGGACGAUGAGGAGGAAUCGUCAGUCCGGGCCAAGCCAAAGACCAAGGGAAAGGCAGCAUCGAAGCCUGCAACGUCUGCCUUCGCUCUUUUGGGCGGGGAGGAUGAUGACGACGAUGAGGAAGUGGAGAAAGUAGCCCCGAAGAAAGCAGCUGGCAACAAGAAGGCGACGAAGAAGGCUGGGUUUGCUGCCCUUGACGACGAUGAGGAAGAGGAGGAAGUGGCGUCUAAGCCGGCUAGCAGCAAGAAGGGAGCAGCAGCAGCCUCGGGCCCCGGCCUGGUGGUUGCAGAGGUGCUCAACGUGCAGCCGCACCCCAAGGCCGACCGGCUGCGGGUGGUGGACGUGGACUGGGGCCGGGACAUGUCGGUGGUGGUCACCAACGCAACCAACGUGGAGGAGGGCAUGAAGGUGGUGUACGCGCCCCUCGGCACCACCACGCCCGGCAGCGGCCUCAAGAUGGAGCGCAAGCAGCUCAAGGGUGUGGACAGCUUUGGCAUGCUGUGCUCCGCGUACGAUAUUGGCUGGAUCCAGGAUCCAGACAACGUGCUGGUGGUGCUGCCGGACGAUGCGGAGGUGGGCGAGCCCUGCCCCAAGCAGCCGCCAAAGGGCCUGAAGUCUAAGCUGCCUGGUGCCGCUGCUGAGGAGGAGGAGGAGGAGGAGGAGGAGGUGGCGCCGGUGGCAGCCAAGAAGGAGGCUGCUAAGGGCGGCAAGAAGAAGGGCAAGAAGGGCGGCAAGGACAUGAGCAUCCUCUUUGCGGCCCUAGAGGAGGAUGCGGAAGGCGUCCCAGCGGCUGAGGCAGAGGAGGAGGACGAGGAGGAGCAGGAGGAGGCGCCAAAGCCGAAGCCUAAGGCGGGCAAGGAUAAGAAGGGCAAGAAGGGUGGAAAGGACAUGGACAGCCUGUUCGCGGCAUUGGAGGAGGACGCGGAGGGCUCCGCUGUGGCAGAGGCGCCGGAGGACGAUGCGUCGGAGGAGGUUCCCGCGCCGAAGCCCAAGGCUGGCAAGGACAAGAAGGGCAAGAAGGGCGGCAAGGACAUGGACAGCCUGUUCGCAGCCCUGGAGGAGGACGCUGGAGCCUCCGCUGCAGCUGCUGCUCCUGAGGAGGAGGCCGAGCCGGAAGUCAAGAAGAAGGAGGGCAAGAAGAAGAAGGGUGGCAAGGACAUGGACAGCCUCUUUGCAGCCCUGGAGGAGGACGCUGGAGUGCCCGCGGCCGCUGCUGCUCCUGAGGAUGAGGAGGCGGCUCCCAAAAAGAAGAAGGAGAAGAAGAAGAAGGACAUGGACAGCCUGUUCGCAGCGCUAGAGGCGGACGCUGAGACCGCGGCUGCGCCUGAGAAGCCCGCAGCCGCUGCUGCUGAGAAGCCGGCUGCCGCUGCUAAGGGCGGCAAGGCAGCUGCCAAGAGCAAGGAGGAGGAGGAGGUGGAUGCGCUGCUCGCGGAGCUGGACAAGCCCAAGGAGCAGGCGCCUGCUGCAGGCAAGGGCAAGAAGAAGAAGGGAGGCAAGGGCGGCAAGGCUGAGAAGGAGGAUGAGGACAUUGACGCGCUGCUGGCCAUGAUUGACGGCCCCAAGCAGCAACAGCAGCAGCAGCCCAAGACGGAGGCUGCUGCGGCACCUGCAGCAGCAGCAGCCCCCGCCGCUGCUGCUGCUCCAGCGGAGGAACAGGCGCCCGCGGAGGCGGCUGAUGAGGCAGGGGAGGAGGGCGAGGAAGGAGGCGAGGGCGGUGAGGGCGGCAAGGAGCUCACUGCGGCUCAGAAGAAGAAGCUGAAGAAGAAGCAGAAGGAGAAGGAGAAGAAGGCCGCUGCUGCAGACGGCGCCGCUGCUCCCGCUGAAGGCGCCGAGGCCGAGGAGGGAGAGGCUGCGGGCGGCAAGGGCAAGAAGGGCAAGCCUGUUAAGGAGAGCGCCAUUGCCAAGAAGCUGCGUGAGCAGCUGGAGGCACGCAAGAAGGCGGAGGAGGAGGCUGCCAGGCUGGAGGCUGAGCGGAAGGCUCGUGAGGAGGAGGAGCUGCGGCGGAUUGAGGAGGAGGAGCGGCGGAAGGAGGAGGAGAAGCGGCUGAAGAAGGAGAAGGAGAAGGCCAAGCGCGAGCAGCUGAAGCGCGAGGGCAAGCUGCUCACCGGCAAGGCCAAGGAGGAGGCGGAGCGCCGCGCAGCCAUCGCAGCACAGCUGCUGGCCAAGGCAGCUGAGAAGGGCAUUGACCUCAGCCAGCCAGCUGCCGCCGAGGAGAAGAAGAAGAAGGUGGUGUACGGCAGCAGGAAGAAGCCAGCUGGCAAGAAGCAGGAGCAGGCGGAGGCGGAGCGGGAGGGCUCUCCGGAGGCUGCUCCCGCCGCGGCGGCAGCGGAGGCGCCGGCACCGGCCGCCGAGGCGGCUGCUGUGCCUGAGGCGGCAGCGGCAGCAGCGCCUGCGGAGGCAGCAGCUGCCGCGCCCGCGGCCGCGGCUGCGCCUGCAGCAGAGCCGGAGGAGCCUGUUGCUCUUGUAGAUGACUGGGACGCGGUGGACGAUUGGGACAAGAUUGACCCCGAUGCCAUCCUGGCUCCCAAGAAGACCAAGGAGCAGGAGGAAGCUGAGGCGCGGGCUGCUGCGGAGGCUGAGGCCAAGGCGAAAGCCGAGGCAAAGGCGAAGGAAGAGGCGGAGAAGGCUGCGAAGGCUGCGGCCGCGAAUGGCAAGGCGGCUGCCAAGGCGGCACCGCCCGCUAAGGCGGCGGCUAAGCCCAAGAGCGAGGAGGAGGAAGAGUCGGAGGAGGAGAGCGGCUCGGAGUCUGAGUCAGAGGACGAGUCUGGGUCUGAGGAGGAGUCUGGGAGCGAGGAGGAGAGCAGUGAGGAGGAGUCCGAGUCUGAGGAGGAGAGCAGCAGCGAGGAGGAGAGCAGCGACGAGGACGACGACAGCGAUGAGGAUGACAGCAGCGAAGACAGCGAGGAGGCACGGCAGCAGCGGAUUGACGAAGCCAGGGACCGGCGCCUGGCUCGUGCCGCCGAGGCCCGCAAGCUCGCCAACAAGGAGGACCUGCGCUCGCCCAUCUGCUGCAUCCUGGGCCACGUGGAUGUGGGCAAGACCAAGAUCCUGGACAACAUCCGGCGCACCAACGUGCAGGACGGCGAGGCUGGCGGCAUCACGCAGCAAAUCGGCGCCACCUUUGUUCCCGCGGAGGCGGUGGAGCGGCGCACCGAGUCCCUGCGCGGGGGUCGCGCCUUCGACAUGAAGCUGCCGGGUCUGCUGGUCAUCGACACGCCGGGGCACGAGUCCUUCACAAACCUGAGGCAGCGCGGCAGCGGCCUGUGCGACAUGGCGGUCCUCAUCGUGGACCUGAUGCACGGAUUGGAGCAGCAGACCAUCGAGUCCAUCAACCUGCUCAAGAUGCGCAAGACGCCCUUCGUCAUCGCGCUGAACAAGGUUGACCGCCUGUACGGGUGGAAGAGCGCCCCCGACACGCCCAUCCGCGACUCCUUCAAGCGCCAAAAGGAGUUUGUGCACACCGAGUUCGAGCAGCGCAGCAGCCAGGUCUUCCUGCAGCUCAACGAGCAGGGUCUGAACGUGUCUCUCUACUGGAAGAACCCCGACCCGCGCAAGUUCGUCAACGUGGUGCCCACCUCCGCCAUCACCGGUGAGGGCAUCCCCGACCUGCUGCAGCUGAUCGUGAAGCUCACGCAGAGCAUGAUGGCGGAGAGGCUCAUGUUCGUGGCGGAGACGCAGUGCACAGUGCUGGAGGUGAAGACCAUGGAGGGUCUUGGCACCACUGUGGACGUGGUGCUGGUCAACGGAGUGCUGCGGGAGGGCGACAAGAUCGUGGUGUGCGGGCUGAGCGGACCCAUCGUCACGAGAGUCAAGGCGCUCAAGACACCGCAGGUGCUCCGUGAGCUGCGUGUGAAGGGCGCGCUGAUGGACCACAAGGAGAUCCGCGCAGCCAUGGGAGUCAAGAUCGUGGCGCCGGGGCUGGAGUCGGCGGUGGCGGGAACCAGCUUGUAUGUGGUGGGGCCCGAGGACGACGAGGAGGAGCUGAAGGACGCGGUGAUGGAGGACAUGGCGGACAUCUUCUCCAAGGUCGACAAGGGCGGGGAGGGCGUGUGCGUGCAGGCCUCCACGCUGGGUUCCCUGGAGGCGCUGCUGGCCUUCCUGUCCUCCCCCGAGGUGAACAUCCCCGUCAGCGGCAUCAACAUCGGCCCCGUGCACAAGCGCGACGUGCUGCGGGCCAACGUGAUGAACGAGAAGAAGUGCCCUAAGUACGCGGUCAUCCUGGCCUUCGAUGUGACGGUGUCCAAGGAGGCUCGCGAGCUGUCUGAGGAGUACGGUGUCAAGAUCUUCACCGCCGACAUCAUCUACCACCUCUUCGACCAGUUCACAGCCUACAUGAAGCAAAUCAGGAGCGCGGAGCAGGAGGCGGCGCGAUUCAAGGCCGUGUUCCCCGUCACCCUUCGCAUCCUGCCCACCUGCGUGUUCAACAAGAAGGACCCCAUCGUGCUGGGAGUUGACAUCGUGGAGGGCAUUGCCAAGAUAGGCACCCCGCUGGCGGCGCAGACGGAGAGCGGGCUCAUAGAGCUGGGGCGCAUCGCUGGCAUGGAGAUCAACCACAAGGCUGUGGAGAAGGCCCGUGCGGGCGACAGCGUCGCCAUGAAGAUCGAGGGCGAGACGACGGAGGAGAAGGCCCGCCUGUACGGCCGCCACUUUGACCACAACCACCAGCUGGUGUCCGUCAUCAGCCGCGAGUCCAUCGACGCGCUGAAGCAGUUCUUCGCGGAUGAGAUGACCAAGGACGACUGGCGUCUGGUCAUCAAGCUGAAGAAGGUCUUCCAGGUCACCUAAACGGGGGCUUGCAGGUUGCCGGGGUAACGGGG